AUGUCGCGGGAUCCUUUUCAAGCAGCCUUGCUUGAUGACUUUCAGAUCGGCCAUUCCAUGUCUCGCAGUCUCUUGAAAAGGAUUUCUAAUGUCUUCGGUCUUGGGGAUAAUGAUCGCUGUUUGGAUGCGGUGGAAAAGUGCUUGGAGGUGCUCAACCUGAAUCACCAAGUUGAGGAGAUCACGUCUCUCCAGCUUGUUGCAUCCGAAGACGCACGCGAAACCCAACAUUCUUUGGAAACCGACUUGAGAAACAGAUACCAAGAUACAUGCACAAGAUGUCUCCGAUCGUUCUCGUUUUCAGCAAUGGGAUUUUACCCUUCUUCUUCGAUGCUCGUGGCGCGGUUUACGAAAAGUCUCCAAUUGGAUUGUACCUUCGCAUUGAUGCACAGCUUGCUAUGCCAAAGUCUUAUCCUUAAAUGCGAGUUUCUCCCGAAAUUCGUGGAAAAGGAAUCUAGGAGUGAUUCCCGGGAAGUCACUUGGCAGGCUAGAGAAAUUGGAUCAUUGUUUCAUUCCAUAAUCAUCCGGAAGCAGCCGCAAGGAAUUGAGAUCCUCAUCGACGCCCUAGAUGAGUGCAAAGAAGAGGAAAUUCGAGCCAUGGUUCGCAGGUUCGAAAGGUCGAUUGAUAUUGCAACACAGCCAAAUGUCCCGCUCAGCAUCUGCUGGAGCAGCCACCAUUAUCCCACCAUCAGUAUGUUGUCAAUGCAUGGUGUUGAGGUAUGCACAGACAAGUACAACAGCACGGACAUCAAACAAUUUGUCAGAUCUGAGUUGCCAGUCCGCUUGGAUCCUCUAUUGCUGUCAAUCCAAGACGAAAUAAUAUCCAGAGCCAAUGGAGUAUUCCUGUCGACUGUUUUGGUCAGCAAAAGGAUACUCAAAGCUUUCGAUCAAGGCAAAACUAAGCAGCAAUUGCAGGAGCUGCUCGACUCGAUUCCCGUCGAACUCGACGAUUUGUCUGGCGAAAUUUCCAGGAAAGCAGGGACUUCGACUCAAGGACACAAAGAGCUUGUCCGCCUUUGCGCAGUGGAUAUUGUGUGUCUUUCAGCCCCUAACCUUACAACAACUUCACAGCGCGUUCAACUUGCAGAAUGGGAAGGGGUGUCGAGAUGUGGACGAUUCAAACCCGAUGGAUACGGAUCUUGA